AUGGCGACCGCCGACGUUGCAUCAUCGCCGGAUGUGGUAGAGCGUAGAAGGAUGGCAAUGGAAGUGUUGUUCGGAGAAAGUCCUAUUUCUGGUGGCGAGGAAGAGGAUAUGGCGAUCCAAAGCGACGACGGGUCUGGUAUCGUCGGAGAUCAAUCUGUGGAAGAAGGCUUUGUAGGCGACGCUUUUGACAAUUCUGACGAAGGUGAAGGUGAAUUUUUCCAUGCAGUGGUAGUCCUUUCUUUGCAGUGGUAG